AAGUAGAAGAAGAAUGUGGCGGAAGCAUGCAGCUGACACUUUUGUAACAGUUCACAGCUGCACUUUGUGUGAAGCAGAACAGCAACAUGACUCGUCUGCGGUGAAGUUACGUUUAUUUCUCUGAGGUGGUCGCUGCUUUAUGGGUCAGCAUGGAGCCGUCAGAGUCAGAGGGGGUGCACGCUGCUGGUCCCGGUCCAGAACAGAGUCCCAAACCCGAGCUUUCUGCAGCGAUGCGGGCUAAAAUCGAGAGGAACCGGCAGCGGGCGUUGAUGCUCCGACAAGCCCGACUAGCGAGCCGACCUUUGUCCGCAGUGGAGGGCGCAACAUCGGCCAAAGUCUCCAAGAUCAUCGACUCUGGUGCCGGGUUUUUCAUCGAGGAAGAGGAGGGUGGAGAGGAAGAGCAGAGGGCCAGGAAGGUGGUGCAUCAACCAGCUCCAGUGAUAGAGCCAGACUACCUGUUGUGUGAUGAGUGUCAAAAACCCUUCAUGGACUCCUACCUCAGCAACAGCUUUGACCUGUGUGUAUGUGACAACUGCAGAGAGGACAAGGAGAAGCACAAGCUGAUCUCCCGAACUGAAGCCAAGCAGCAGUACCUGCUGAAGGACUGUGACCUGGACAAAAGAGAGCCUCCACUCAGGUUCAUACUGAAGAAAAACCCUCACAACCCCCGCUGGGGGGACAUGAAGCUCUACCUCAAACUACAGGUGGAGAAGAGAUGUAUGGAGGUGUGGGGGUCAGAGGAGGCACUGGAGGAGGCCAGAGAGACGAGAGAAGAGAACAGAGAGGUGCAGAAACAAAAACGCUUCAACAAGAAAGUCAAAGAGCUGCGCAGAGCGGUGAGGAGCAGUAUGUGGACCAAAGACACCAGCGUUCACCAACAUCAGUACGGACCAGAGGAGGUGGUGGAUCCGGAGGAGGACCUCUACAAGAAAACCUGCACCACCUGUGGACAUGAACUCACCUAUGAGAAGAUGUAGACACACACACACACUUUCACUGUUACACACUUCACUGGGAGAAUAUCUUUGGUGCUUCUUCUUCUUUACACCUUUCACAAGCUGUCUCUCCUCCCAGUUCUUGUUUUGUUUUUCUGUUGGUAUUUAUUACUUUUUCUAGGUCAUUAAUAAAAAAAACUCAAUUUUU